UGUUGACAUUUUUUUCGUCCGUCAGCUGACUGUCUAAGUUAGCGGAACAGCUCAGUACAAACAAACCCUCAGCAUGACAUUAAGCUUCCGACACAUACCACAAACCAUUCACACGUCUUUAGGAGGGACUUGCUGAUUCUUUAGAAAAGCAGCAGCUCGGAAUGAAGGUUGUUUUCUAACCCGAUACAGCGAACGCUAGCUGGCUAACUGCUGCAGUUAGCCUGCCGAGCUACAGCGAAAAGCUAGUUAGCUAACAGGCUAAAUUAGCUGAUGUGAAACAAUGGAGGGGAUUCUUUACAAAUGGACGAAUUAUAUGACGGGCUGGCAGCCCCGCUGGUUCGUCUUAGAAAAUGGAGUCAUCUCUUAUUAUGACAGCGAGGACGACGUCAGUAAAGGAAGCAAAGGAUCCAUCAAGAUGUCUGUGUGUGACAUUAAAGUUCAUCCGACUGAUCCGACACGUCUGGAAUUGAUCAUCCCCGGUGAGCAGCAUUUCUACGUCCGAGCUGUGAACGCUGCAGAGAGACAGAGGUGGCUGGUGGCUUUAGGCUCAUCCAAAGCUGGGACACAGGACAGUCACAAACACAGAGGUCCAGACUGUUUGAAGACGAAGAUGUCUGAACUUCGUCUGUACUGCGACCUCCUCGUCCAGCAGGUCCAAACGAUCCAGUCACAGCACUCCGCCGACUCAGAGACCGCGCCCACGUCAGAGGCCUCUCUGCUCAGUGCGACCUGUGCAACUUUCAUCAGGACUUUGGAUGAGUGUAUGACGCUGGCUAACCAGAGUUUGACCCCUGACCUCCGACCUCCUGAAAGGAUGAAGAGGUCGAUCAGUCACCCUGGAACAUAUAGCUUCGACAGAUCAGGUGUGCUGAAGGAAUAUGUGAGUGGAGGUCAAAGGUCAACCCAGCGUAGGAACCGGACAUGCUCCGACAGCUCUGUUUAUGAUACUGAACGUGUCCUACUAAGUCUCAACGGUGACCCGUCCUCCAUUCCUGAGGAGAGAGGAGGAAGUGCAAGCCCGAAGAACACGCCCACUGACACAGACACCGACCUGUCCAUCUGAAGACCCGACCCACCCAAACCCUGCUGAGCCUUUGGACACUGUGAGAGGUCAAGAACAUGAUGAGAUCAUUAUCAGUGACAGCAGAGAUACUGACAGCAUCUUGGCUAAAACAAGGAUGAGUUGACCGACGUUUGACUUCUUGUUGGAAUGUCCUUCCUGUUCUUUUUCUCUGAAGUCAGCUGAUUGCCAAACACGUGCACUUUGGGAUCAUACUUAAUUUUUCCUUGAGGCUUUCUUUAAGUUGCACAGAGCACAAUGAGGAGAGAGAAGAGAUAACAGGAGAGGGCGAUCUCAGAUCUGUCCUCAGCUGGAAGUGAAGCUGAGAUGUCUGAGUUCAAAGUGUACAGUGCUUUAACUUUAACUCUACAGAUCUACGGGUCGCCACAUUCACACUUUGGAUUCACUUUAGAGUAAAGAGUGUGAGCAGAAGCCUGGAGCAAAUCCUGGAAAAAUCUGUGAGCGAACGAGGGAACGAAAAUGCAGUUACUGUUACAGCGGUUCAGUUACAGCCCAGUUAAUCUGGUGGAAACCAAAUGAUGACGACUGUGAUGGUGUUAGGCAGCUCCCUGACACACUUAGAAUAUGAAGAACUGUGAAUUCCUGUUUCUGGACAGUUAAGAUGCUGGGGUCGCUUGUUCACUGCUUUAAACGGACCUGAGAAUGUACAGGGAAGUUCUAAAUUUUGUGGAACAUGCAGGAACAUCGAAAUCCAGCAACCGUGCCACGAAAUCUUCGCCUCGUACAUUAUUUUCUGCCUUUUCCACAUGUUCAGGAGCCUACCAGAUUUCUUUCUUUCUUUCUUUCUUUCUUUGGAGCAUCUUCUCCGUUCUUCUUCCAGGCCUCCACAGUCAUGCUUACCUGCUGAAGGCAAACAUAAAAAGAAGAACUCUGCCCCUCUUGCUGCCAGAUUUUAGGUUUUCCGUGGUGAGGUCUGGCACAGACCUGGAGUGUAGCUGAGGAUGAAGGACCGGAUCUUUGCGGGUUUCUGAUGCCGCUUUAUCUCUGUUGCAGUUUUCAGACGCAGAGAGCUGAGGAGCUUGAGUCCUCAGAUGCCAAAGUUUGCACAAAUGCAGUGAUCUACAUUAAACGUGCCAUCGUUCUCUGUUCGAGCAGAUCUUCUUCUCCGUACUUCAGCUGGUCACGUUCAGCCAGGACAAAGUUCUCGUCUUUGAAACCAGGGAGAGGACGAAGAUGAGACAGAAGACAAGUUUGUUUUUCGCCUGCUCAGAUCAGGUGGAGCAGAAGUCUGUAAAUUACAGAUGAAAGUUAAGGCCUUUUGAUGUUUGUUUACUUGCCUUUUGGUGAUGAAUUCCAUCCAAACGUGACCCUGAAAAGAAAUAAGUACGGUGGCCCUGAAAGUUCAACACACUGCAACUUAAGAAAACACAUG